AUGAACUUCUCUAGAAUCACCAGACCCCUUCUACUAAAGCCUUUGAAACCACUUACAACCAGCCUUGCAUUUGUCCCAUUUGCCCGCGCCAUGCAUAUUCAGUCUAUUCCUAUGUGGGUGGGAAGUAGUAAUAAUUACGCCUACCUGGUUGUCGAUGACAAGUCCAAGGAUGCUGUAAUAAUCGACCCCGCAAACCCCGACGAAGUUGCGCCGGUUCUGCAGGAACAUAUAAAGGCUGGAAAGAUCAAUCUGACUGCUAUUGUCAACACACACCAUCAUUGGGAUCAUGCCGGAGGAAAUAAGAAACUCUUGGCGUUCAGCGAAUUUAAAGGCAAACCCAUAAUCGGCGGAAAAGACUGCGAAGGCGUUACACAAACCCCCAAGAACGGUGAAGGCUUCAAGAUCGGCGAUAUUGCAGUCAAGGCUCUAUAUACGCCUUGCCAUACACAAGAUAGCAUAUGUUGGUUUAUGGAAGACAGUACAGGCAAAGUAGUCUUUACAGGGGAUACUCUGUUCCAUGGAGGAUGCGGACGUUUUUUUGAGGGUUCGGCAGAGGAGAUGAAUACUGCGUUGAACAAGACUCUGGCUUCGAUCCCGGAUGACACGAAAGUCUACCCUGGACACGAAUACACAAAAGCAAAUGUCAAGUUCGCCAUUUCAGUCUCGCAGAGUGAGCCAGUCAAGAAGCUAGAAGCUUUCGCGGAUAACAACAAGGAAACACAAGGCAAAUUUACAAUUGGCGAUGAAAAGCAACACAACGUAUUUAUGAGAAUGGAUGAUCCGGUUAUACAAAAAGCAACUGGAAAGACUGACCCGAUCGAAGUUAUGGCCAAACUCCGGGAGAUGAAGAACAGCUUCAAACCCCCACCAGAACAGAAGCUAUGA